UCUCGUGAAGUUAAGGCGAAGGAGCGUUCACCAUUGAAUAUGAGUAUAUGACCCCACACAUACAAACCCAUAUUUGAUUUAUACCCCUACCACCUCAAUCUACAUCUAAACACACACAUGAUGUUUCCGGUGCCGGAGUUCAGAGAACCAGUUUCUACACCUCCUAAACUCUCUCUCUUUUCACUACCAACCAAACCAACUACGCUGCAGGAUGGUCCAACGCCGCCACCCAACACGGUGGCCACCAUCCCAUUCUUGUGGGAGGAAGCACCAGGAAAACCAAGACGACCCACCUCUACCGAUGAUCCUCCAAAGUCUAAAACAGUCAGGUCUUUAGACCUCCCUCCAAGGCUAACCACCACCGUGGGUACUGCUACUAACAACGUAACCAACAGUAGUGGUGGAAUAGAGAUUAUACCAUCACCGACCACCGUAUUGGGUGGACCUUAUGAAGGCGUCUAUACUUCUAAUAAAUCAAUGUUGGGGUCGCCGGAGAAGGUGGUGGGUUGUAGUAAUUACAGCGGUAGGAGUAAAGGUAAGAUCACGAUGCCUUUGAGGAAUUUAAUGAGGAAAGAGAAGUCGCCAGUAAAGUUGAUCAGUUCAUGGAGGUGGGAUAGUCUCAGGGAUAUUGGAGGUGACAAAGGGGACAGGUCGCCGGCGGUGAAGUUUUGCUCAUGGAGGUGGGAUAGUUUCAGAGAUAUGGGUGGCGGUGGCAAAAGCGGUGGUGGUAGCUGCAGAAGUGUAGGUGGAGGUGGUUCUCUGUCUUCUUCAUUUGAUGACUUUCAAAAGUCUCUUGAUUCCAAUAGUAAGAUCACAAAAGUUACAAGGAAGAACAGCUUCACGUUCCUCAAUCGUAGUUCUUCUGGGUUUUUGAUGUCCAAAUCCAAGAAGAGCGUCCACAUCCACAAGGGUUUUCAUCAUCAAAUAUCUUCUUUGUAGAUAUUGAGUUGGACAUCAACGAUUGAGAGGAAGAAUAAGAAGUAGCUAUUACAAGAGUUCGAACACAGACACUAUUUGUUUUUCUCUUCUCGAAACCCUAAAUCGAUAUAUAAAACGUAAUUCUAAUCUAUUUAUUUUAUGUUAUUAAAUAUAAUGUCAUGUCAUUUGCCAACUAGUUGUAUACAUAAUGAAUCUGGUUGCCUCUAAUGAGAAUUGAACAAAAGCGUAAGUUCGUUGGGUUUUUUUUCAACAAACAAAACAUGAUUGGGGUUUUUUGAAUGGAUUUGAAACUUCGUUGGUCUUACAAGUCAUUUUUUGAUAUUUAAUUACACGUCAUAAACCAUGUCAUUCGUUGACUUUUAUUAACCGGUUGACCCUAAAUGAAAAGUGAACAAAGUUUAAUUUAGUUGGGUUUUUUUAAACAAAAUGUUAGUACGUUGGGUUUUCUUGAACAGACAAAACAUAAUUGGGUUUUUGGAACGGUUUGAAAACUUCAUUGGGUUUAUAAGUCAUUUUCCCUAAAUCUUUUGGAAAAAAUCGAAAGUAGAGAUACACAAAGAGUAUGAUAAUUCUUUAUUUUUUUUCCAUGUAUGUAAAAAAAAUAAUAAAUAUAAUGAAAUAAAAUAAAAAUUUGAAGUCUCACUUUUGUUUAUACCCAAAAGAUGAUAAGAUUGACAAAAACAGUUUUCGGAAGUUAUUAACGGUUACAUGGAACUUAUAAUCAUUUCCGAAGCAAUUUUGAAAAGUCAACAGAAGCCUCGGCUAUGGAAAACUGAAGUAACAUCGGUUUUAGAUUGGUGUAGCAGCCUCAGUUGCAAAUUACUAUAGCAUCCUAUUAGUUGUGGACUAAAUUAAGUCUUUUGGUAGCAUUAAAUAAAGUUGCAGAAGCAUCCUAUUUGCCUUAGAAAAAUUCUACUUUCUCUACCAAACUACUUUUCCGAAACAUGAUUUUCCACUACAUUUCAACUCUAAAAUUCCAAAGACCUUCUAGGGGUUGUCCCAAAACUUGUAAGGGCACUCCCCCUUGACCCUUGUUUAUUUCCAUGUCCAUGAUCAAACUCACAUAAUAUAUAAGUGUGCACUUUAAGGGGUUGUCCCAAAACCUAUAAGGGCACUCCCCCUUGACCCUUGUUUAUUUCCAUGUCCAUGAUCAAACUCACAUAAUAUAUAAGUGUGCACUUUAAUCCUGUGAAUAUGUAUUAGGUCAUAGUUUUAAUCGUCAUUUGGACUCAUGUCAAUUCCAAUCAGACCAAAUGGUUGGUGACACUAAAAUCACCAACAUUUCAUAAUGAUCAUUGUACGUGAAUAUCAAAUUAUGUCUGAAACGAACAUAUCAAAAAUCCAUAACAAUUGUAACACUCAGUUUUACGUAUUAAGGACACCCAACAAAUAUGUUUAUUUACAACCUUAUAAACAUUUUGGUGUACACUAGCUAGCACGGUGGAAUACAAUGAGUUAUCACCGAAUCGUAUUGACAUCAACUAUAUGAUCCGAGCCACGGGCUACAACAACCUAACCUGCAACACAACAACAACAACAACAACAAAAUAAUAUAAUUCAUAUAGCUUAGUGAAUAACAAUUAGAAGAUCAUAACAUCGUAUAUAAAUAAACUUAUCGUCAACAACAUAUACACCACAUCAAAUAUACUAAAUAAAUCACACUAACUGUUUAUUGUCUCAUGACUCCUUAUGAUACCAACAAAUAUUAUUUCACUUAUUUCGUUAUUGCCUUGUAUACCGUUACGGUUAACUAAUGAUUCACCACUACUAUAAUACAAUAACGUCCCAUUUUUCAAACAAAAAAUUUUCAUUUUUAUCUAUUAUAUAUCAUUCAAAACAUCCAUCCAUUAAUACAAAACCAUUGUUUGGUAAUCAAGACCCUAAUAUCAAAUCAAAGUAUAAAAUAGAAACAUGCGGAAACCUCAAAACAUAAUGUCGAUGUGCGUGUAUAGUCAAGUCUUGCCCUUCAGACAACCUGAUGAAAUACCUAUUUAAUAUACAAUUAUAAGUCAAAACUUAGUGUGUUCCCCAAAAUACCACAUACAACAAUAUAUAGUGCAUACAAGUAAUGGCCUUCAGCAAAAAGCUGGUCCACCCCUUUGGCCUUCAACAAAAAGCUGGUCCUUCAACAUAAAGUUGGUCACCCCCUUGGUUUUCAACAUAAAGUUAAUUUGCCUUGAGUAUCUUAACAUUUAGAACAUAGUUGGACCUCCAUCAACUCUCACAUAUACUAUAUCAACAUAUGACAAAUAAACAAUCCAACAAUAACAUGUGAACGACUAAGCUAGUCUACUUGCCUAACAAUACACUGCAACAUAUCUACAUCCUAACAUACAGAGGAUACAUACUGUAACAUAUAGUAUAGUGAGAAAACUCACAUAGGUCAAAGAGGUAAAGUAACAACACUCGAAGUCUCACAAAUCCACCUACACGCACCACCUAAACCAAAAAUAGUUCGAAACUCAGUUAAUAUCUCAAAAUCAUAAGUUUGACCCAAAGUCAAACUGAUCAGAAAGUCAACGGUUAGCGGUCAACACUUACGUCGAAACUAGAGACUAGUCACACUGUGAAACUCUACAUGACAAAAUAGUCGCAAAACCUUCCAGGAUCCUGUCGUGAUCUUUCAAGGAGUCGCGCCGCUAACUCAGUAAAACAACCAACUAUCUUUAAGUGGUUAAUCCUUAAAAAGAGGAGUUCCAAAUCUCAUAUAUGAAGCUCCACAACAUAUUAAUGGAUAAAGUUUCAAACUUUAUCCAUUUCAAUGGCUUAAAAACUCAAGAUCUUAAACCUUAAUUCUAAAUGUUUGCUUAUAAGGCCAAAACCAAGUGUAUGGCUCCAGGAAAGCACAUGCAUGGUCUUUUUAUCCAUCAAGAUGUUAAGUAAAUACAUUAGUUUUUUAGUGUAUUUACUGCUAAAUAACUUAACCCCAUAAGCUAUUAGCUAGAUAUCAUAUUUCUAACAAGUCCACUAGUUAGGGUUUAUAAACCACAUCUACCGGUCCAUGAAUUUACUAUUAGAUUUACAACAUAGUUCAUAAUCACAUUAUAACAUGACUUCUAACAACUAGCUCGGGUUUCAAUGACCCAUCUUAACUAUGCUAUAAAUUACGAUAACGUAAUAGCAUAACAAGGGGAUACCUAAGUUCAGUCGACUUUUGGGUGAGAGUUGCUUCGACCUUCCGGGUAAAAGCCGCCAAUAUCAAAAUUCUGCAGGGACCCGUUGCGUCUAAACAACUUUCAAUGUGAAACUUUACCCCAAAUGUGAAACUGGGCAUAAAGUGUCAAUUCGCAUUAACUGCAAGGGCCUGUUUCGAAAAUAUUCCCAUUUCACAUAAUUUUUAGCCCAAUUUCGAAACUGGGUAAAUUAUGCCAAUUCUUCGAAACUUUAGGGAUUUGAAAUUAAAAUCCUGCAUUCCUCAUAGAUUUUGUCCCCAUUUCGAAUGUGGUUAACUUUUUCCACUUCUUAGAAAGUUUAGGGAUUCGAAUCGACUGGUUUUGUUUCUUCUCCAUUGCCCUUCGAAAUCAGAUGCGUUUCAAUGACCUUUGACCAAAGCAAAUUGAUACCCAUUUCGAAGGUACCAAAUCACUUGUUCCAUUCGACCGAUAACCAAGUAUCGACCAUCGACCAAAAUCAACAUCGACAUCAAUUUAGAUCCUCGACAUCGAUUCUCGGUAAAAGACCCUUGAAAUUAGAUGCGUUCAAAGAGAAAUUUAUACAUCGAAGGUUGUUUUACCCCAAAUCGAAAUAACAUAGUCAACUCGAUGUCGACUUCCCUUCUAUUUGCUAUCAAACAAAUCAGUCGAAUAAGUUGUCGUUCGAUGCCAAGUAGUGACCAAAAUGUGUUCGAUAUUGUUCAACAAAUCAAAAUUAGUUGGACAAUCAACCAUCAAAAUUGAUUUCGACCAGGACCCAAUCACCAUCGAAAUCGCUAAUCACAAUUCGAACUACCCAUGGACAUGCGAUUGACUUGACUCCAGGUAAGAACAUUCAACUAACAUCAUUAAACACGAUUUUGACUAUAGGUAAGGACAUCCGACUCCUUUUAUAUACAACAAAACUUCUCAAAUGGACAGCAAAACUCCUUUUAUAUACAUAAGACUUUCGAGGAAUUGCGUCGCGACCAACAUCAUACGUCUCAGCCAUCUGCCACAUGUCGUCUCCCGUUGCUAUGUAUGUCGACCUCUCAACACGUAUCCAACGCGGACAUCUCAUCACAUCACAACCAACAUCACCCUCGCGUCGUGACCUUUGACCGUUGACCAAGACUUGACCCGUCUAUGACCAACAUACCACGAGAUAAGACACUCGCGUCGUGACUUUUCAAAAAAGCAAAGGACUUAUAAUUUAUCAUUUUCUCCUUCUGCUUCACAACUUAACACCAACACACCUUCUAUAAGCAACUUAAAGCAAACUCAAUGCUCUAUUUCUCCAACUUAUCUCGUCAAAUGAGCAUUACCAUUGAGAGAAAAAUCAUUGUAAAAUGAGCAUUAACCGUCGAAACAAUAUUUGUUAUGAGAAACGGGUAUUACAACAAUCAUUGUAAAAUGAGCAUUACCAUCGAGAGAAAAAUCCAUGUCAUUUAAUGUAACAUGAGUUUUGAAGGGAACAAUGUCAGUGCAAAGAACAAACAAGAUCAAAUAUAUAAACAUAGAAAUACAUAUCAAUCACCGUGAUAUUAUACCAUUGACCGGACACCAAAAAAGAUCAAUUUAAUGUUGAAACUUGAAACAUAAUAGAAUAUAAACAAUACAAACAUAUGAUGAAAACAAACUUGAAACCCAAAAUCAACUUUUUGAAAUAGGGCUCAUCCUAUAUGAGUUUAUUGUACACACCAAGUAACUUGUAUUCGCUCACACGUUGGACUUUUAUAAAUUCCACUUACAUAAAAUUACCUAGAUCACACGAAAAUCAUCAACAUGGGGUAAUUGUUGUUACCAAUAGAGGAAGGUCUCCAAUGAAGAAGAGUCUUAGUAACGAAGGGUUGUGAAAAAUAGAAGUUAGAGCAAUGAGGAUAUAAUGUGAAUUUGGGACUCGUAAAGCUGGCUGUUAUUAACUUAACAUUUACAUACCAUCUUAACUUAUGAAUUCAUACAAAAAAAAAAAAAAAAAAAAAAUUUCCUUAUAUAUGCAUUGCGUUAUGUGUCCAUUAAACCAAUUAAGUACAAAUUAGCCACUUACUUGGUUGUAUAUUUACACGCCUACAGAAAAGUAAAAGGUCAACAAGCUAUCAGCCUUUUGGCAUAAUGAUAUAAGUGAAGCAUUUUAUUGAGUUGUGGGUUCUCAAUUUCUUAUCAAUUUAUUAAACGAAGGCACGAGGUGUAAAAGUUUCAAUUAGGGAUGAGCAAAAACCCAACCAAAAACCAAAAAAAAAAAAAAAACGACAUAACCGAAACCAAAGCAAUAACCGACGGUUUAGGUUUGAAUUUUACAAAAACCGAAAAAUAACGGUUUGUUUGGUUUUGACGUAUAAAACCGCCCAUAAAAACCGAACCGACCCACAUAUAUAUUAUUUAUUAUGUUUUAAACUUUUAGUUCUAGACUUUAGACUUUAUCCUUUUAGUAUUUUAUGUUUAUUUUCCACAAAGUGUUAAUGGUGUUAAACUUUGAUAUUUUGAACACUUUUAUGCUUUAGAAUACUUGAAUCCGUACUCUUUAUUUUAGUUUAUUUAAGUAGAUACAAUAUUAUUUAUCGCAACGUAUUUUCACUGGGUUUAAACCCAAAAACUAGAAAGAAAAAAAAAACAAGAGCUCAUAAACACAAGGUUUAAAACCGAAAACGCAUAAACCCAACUUGGAAAACCGAAAAACCGAACCAUGCAAAAACCGAACCUAUAUGGGUUUAAAAACCAAAAAACCAACUUUCUACGGUUUGAUUUGGUUUUAUCCAAAAACUGACUCAUGCUCAUCCCUAGUUUCAAUUAAUCAAAACUUGUGGCUUUGUACAAUAUUUUCAAAUUAAUUCCUUAAUGAGUGAAGCAAUAUGUUUGCAACAAUGUAGAUGAUUUACAACAACAAUAUUUCGUUAACAUUACUAAAUUUUGAAAAAAGUGGAAGUCGGGCAUCAAAACCUUUAGCAAGUGAUAAAACAACUUUAGCAAGGAACGGUUGCUAAAAUUGUUUAACACAUAAAGAGUGUUUUUAAGCAUUUUGUGUUGCAGACUUAUAGGUAUGGUACUUGUAUUGUAUAGUUAUCAAGCUUCCUAUAAGAAUCUGUUGUAUUAUCAGUUUCAAAGCAAUUUUAUCUACUUAAUAAAAUAAAU